UUACACAUGAAGAAAUCUCACAUGCACUCACACGUGUGUUUCCAUGUCCACACUCACACACACACAUUCAUAAAUCAAGUGUGUGCUCCCCGCAGCAUGUAACGAAGCGCCUCUUGCUUUGGGCUGCUGCUGAUGCAAGUGCGUGAUGCUCAUGUGACGUCACGGGCCACGAACGGGGCUCUGUUUCACUGAGAGCAGCCUGAAUGAGCGAGUGUACGCGCUCACGGCACACGAGCACACGCAGAGCCACGGCCAUGGCGCACAGACUCAGCAUGAUGUAUGUAAAUGCUUUGCACCAGUACUGCUGUCCUGCGCCGUGUCGCUCUAAGCAGCUAGCUGUACCUGCUCCUCUCUCUGAGUGCAGGAAUGAGAAUGUGCUGCAUCAGUUCUGUUGUCCUCCAUCUGGAAGCAGCAGUCCUUCAAGAUAGCAGGAAUAAUAUCUCCAGCCCAGCCAAGGAUCUGUCCUCUCUCACAAAGCGUUCUUCUAAUAGAGCUACAUGCAUUCAUCCAUCCAUCUAUUCAUCUCCUGAGGGAACAGUGUGUUCCUCUGGGGAAUAAACAUCAUUGUGUGUGCUGUUGCAUUCACACGUAGGACAGAUGGAAAUCUAUCUGCAGUAGUUCAUUUAAAAGUUCAGUCCAUAAACGCUGGAAGAACACAACCGUAGUGCUAGAACUGAAAUCAUGCAGUCGAGUGUUUAACCACAAACGUGUACCUCUAAUACAAAGAUACAGAGUGUAUUUUGGACGGUGUGGAAGAAUGAAAGAGCAGAUUCUCAGAGUGAUGCAUGACAUGAAAAAGCAAUAUCUAUUUAAACAUCAAUUAAUGUAUCACAACUGUAUUUGCUUUGCCUGAUAUCAUAGCUUAUGGUCUUGAAUAUGUAACCAUUCAAAUUAAAAGCUUAAUUUUUGACCCUCUUGUAUAUGAUUUUUUUUUAACAUCUGUUAAAUUGUUUUUCUUUUUCUUGUGCAUUGUUUUCUAGUUAUUCUUGAGCGAUUGAUAAGGACUGUGUUCAUACUGCUCAGUAUGUUCUGUAUACUUCUUACUGUGUUUUUAGUGAAAGCUUGUAACAAUAAAAACAGGAGUAUGCUA